CCCGGAUCCCGGCCAAAACGGCAAUCAUCAGACGUUAACGGUGCGGCGCACCUCGUGGACCGUUCCUUAUUAGUGACAAUCGACAACUGACAACUGCCAUCCUCCCUCUCUCUCUCUCCUUAUAGACGAUAACGUCUUGACACAACAGCAAGCCUUCUACACGAUUAUAGGGCUGUUGAUUCCACCUUUCUCAACCAUUCUAAUCGUUCAAAUCACGUUCAAGUCCAAACACGAAAAUCCUACGCUUACAAAGCAUCUCCCUCUUUCAGCCCUCGUCUCUCAACCCUCGUUAGACAUGAAUUGAGCUUACAACAUUCAUGGACUGGACUUAGCUGGAAAGUCUUGAACCAUGUUUAACCUUAGCAACUUUGUGCAAAAGGCACAGUCGGCUGCCCAGCAGUUGAUUGAUCCUAUGCAAGGUUUGAACCUGACUAACUCCGACAGACAUCCGUCCAAGGCUUCCCUAUUCCAGAAUCAGUUUCGACUUCCCACCUCCCAGACUCCCUUGUACGAGAUCCCCGCCGAGCUCACCAUCCCUCCCUCCAACGUCACUCAAGGAGACAAAGAUCGUGAUCGAGGCUGGCACUACACCGGAAGGCUACACUUAUCCGAGUCCUUUAUCUGCUUUUCCACAACCCCCACUAGCUUUUCCCAAGGCUCCAGCCCCUCGAGCUCCGCCGCUUUUACCGGUCAAACACAUGGUGCUGGUCCAAGCGGAAAUGGCUUCACAUUCCCUCUUUGCGCUAUUAGACGGGUUGAGCGUCUAAACAGCCAGAAUUCCCAGUUUUCCCUCGCUAUCACCACCUGGAAUGGUAUUUCUCAAGAAUCGGUCAAGGAUAAAGAUAAGGAUAAGGAUGCGAAAGAUAAGAAAGAGUUCAGAGAGCAGAGAAUUACUAUACAGCUUGUCGCACCUCGCCCAGCAUGUGAGAGGUUCUGUGAUGGCCUCAAGAGAGGCUUAAGGAGCGCAGUUGGCAGUGUCGGAAGAUAUAAGAAGGUAGUAGCUGACUGCUACUCGGAAUACCUUCUUCGACCAGAAGAGAAGAAGAAUGCGAGCCCCCCGGACGCCGGCUUGGGCAUGGUCUUCCGAUACCCUGGCGAUCCGAAGAAGCUCAGGGACCGAGCAAAGAUGAGGUUGUGGGCAGAGUAUCUUCGCGACAAUGGCCGAAAUGCGACCUUGAUUCGUCAACCCACAUUUCAUAAACUAAUCAGAGUCGGUCUUCCGAACAGGCUUCGAGGCGAGAUCUGGGAGUUAACUUCCGGCUCACUAUACCUACGACUCGAAAACCCAACCUUGUACACAGACACGCUCGCGAAAUUCUCAGGCAAAGAAUCCUUGGCCAUAGAUGAGAUAGAAAAGGACUUAAACCGAAGUCUCCCGGAAUACCCUGGAUUCCAGAGUGACGAUGGCAUCAACCGGCUACGACGGGUCCUGACGGCAUAUAGUUGGGUAAAUACCGAAGUCGGCUAUUGCCAAGCCAUGAAUAUCGUCGUAGCCGCGCUACUGAUUUACAUGUCCGAAACUCAAGCGUUCUUCCUGCUUUCAGCGUUGUGCGAUAGACUGGUUCCUGGCUAUUACUCAUCCACCAUGUACGGUACACUUUUGGACCAGAAGGUGUUUGAAUCUCUCGUGGAGAAGACGAUGCCGAUUUUAUGGGAACAUCUCGUUAAGAGCGAUGUGCAGCUUUCUGUCGUUUCUCUUCCCUGGUUUCUUUCCUUGUACAUCAACUCGAUGCCGCUAGUAUUUGCGUUUAGGGUCCUAGACGUCUUCUUUGUCGAAGGUCCCAAGGUUCUUUUCCAGGUCGGAUUGGCCAUUCUGAGAAUUAACGGCGAGGAGUUACUAGAUGCUACGGAUGACGGCGCAUUCAUUUCUGUUCUAAAGUCAUAUUUCUCUCGUCUCGACGAGUCUGCACAUCCAAAGUCCGAGAACCCAAAGUUACGAGCUAUUAAUAGGUUCCAGGAGCUCAUGGUUGUUGCCUUUAAGGAAUUUUCUGCUGUCACUCACAGCACUAUCCAAGAUCUGCGAUUGCGCAACAAAGAUGCUGUUCUCAAUAACAUUGAGAAUUUUGCUAAGCGUACCGCAAUCCGGAACCUUGGACCCGACAGCAAGCUAUUGAAUCCGGAAGAAUUAGGGGCUCUCUACGACAGGUUUUACAGAGUGUUAUAUGAGCGACAACAGCGAGAUCUUAUAAUCCAAGAGCAAACACGCCGAGCCAAGGCUAACAGGGCUAGAGGUAGCGACGCAUUCUCAGAUCACGAUCACGGCGUAGAGAAGGGUCGAGUUGGCCUUGGUCCGAGUACUAGUUUGAUGGACUAUGAUGCAUUCCGAGAGUUCUUAGCGAGUGUGUCUAAAUGGGCUAUUUCAGACUCUCCGCCUUCACCUAGGCGCGAGCCGUCUGCGGAAAAAGAUCGCAAUUCGUACUUCAACAGCUUCAGACGAUCCGAUGCAAACCUCCUUUCGCCUUGGGGCGGAAACCCUGAACCGGCUGACCACGAAUUUAUGCAGAGAUUAUUCCGAAGAUGGGAUGUGGACUCUAGCUCGGCGCUGACUCUGCAAAAUGUCGUGACGGGUUUUGCACAUAUCAAGGGGAAGCGAGAUAUCAUGGGCACGAUCACUUAUUUCUUCGAGCUCUAUGACGACGACGGUGACGGAAGGGUUGACCGAGAGGGUAUUCUCCGAAUUUCCGAAGCCCUCUUGUUCCUUUCGCGUCGUGGUCUCGAAGGAUCGCUAAGCAAUUCUAACUCGAGCGUGGCGCUCAAUGGAUUAAGUGAUUCAACUAAUGGUUCAACGAGCCCGCCUAUCGGAGGUACUAUCAACGAGCGAUUCUUGGGGAGCGUGAGCGCUUUCAUUAGACGCUGUUUCGAAUACGCCGACCCCGAUCACCCUAGCAAUCAACUUGCAAACGAACAAGCGACAUCCAAGACGGAUGGAGCAAUAGAUAACAGCAGUGCGUUUGUCAUUGAUGAUGAGGAAGACGAAGAUGAAGACGACUUGCUUGCCUUCGAGGGCCCAGCGGACAGCCCAAAAUCUGCGAAGAAAAAGCCAGACUUAGGGCCGUCAAUCCCUCCCGCGUUGGGCAAACCUGAGGCCGAAAAUGAUGCCAGGCGUGCAGUGUCCAAGGCUGUAUCCGAGAAAGCUAAUGCGGCCCUAGAUCCUUCGAACCCGCUGCACAUCACAUUACCUACAUUUCGCAUGGUCGUGCUUGCAGAUGAGCUACUAGAACAGUUCUUCGAAUCAUCGUUUCCCACGUCAUUGCAUCUUAUGGACGGCUUGGCGACUACUCACCAAUCCACAUCUUCUCUAACCACGUUCUCGAACAUCAGUUUUGGACGCUCGUCUGCUGCACCUAUUCCAGCUACACAGGCUGGAGUAGCAGGUGCGGGCCGUAGUCUACGUGGCGUUCUAGAUAAUAUUGUCACGGAUGCGUCACGCGUAGCUGCCGAGGUCCGACGACGAAUGGAGGAUGCGCAGCGCGAAUUGGAGAAGAAUGCAGUGCCCGGACAGAAAGACGAUGAAGAAGAGGAGGAGGAUGACCUUCAGGGUCCACGUCCGACUGGAUACGGUGGGGACCCCGAACGGCGAAGCGUGCGGUCAUCUGACAGGGAUUUGCUGGAUGGAGCCGACGCAGGAGCAGGAGCAGCGAAGGACCCAGAAGGGCAAAGCCAGCUAACCAUCGAUCCUAAUGGCGCGCAAGAAGGGAGGCCCAGAACCGUUAGUUCUGCAACGACGCAGAGGAUUGUGGAAUUCGAGGGUUGA